AUGUCGGCACCGUCCUCGGGGCCUUCGUCUCAGCCGAGGCGCUCUGCCAUGAAGACGGACGGCGACAGCGAAAGAACACCGCCUUUGAGCGCAGUCAAAGCUGUUCAAAUCGCCGAGCCUGAACCUUCGUCCCCGCCCCCUGAUGACUCGCAAGUGAAGAAACAAUACUCUGCCGGUGUUGCCAAGCGACUCAGUGGACGGCCCCCUCUGCCCCCUUCACGAUCCUCUACUCUCAGUCUGAUCAGCAUGGAGAGCGGCUUCGAUUCAGCGGCCGCCACGCCUUCUGUUGUUGAAGAUCAAGGCCAACUGCAGCAGCAGAACCAGCCUCACCAAUCUCAUUCUCAUCACCGCCACAGGCCCGAUGUAGUCACCGAGCGGCUGAUAUCCCAGGUGUUCGAUUGGCUUGAGCGGGAAAAGGUCAAGCGGCAGAAUAAGCCACAUAGGAGACCCCAUCUGCGGCGUAGGUCUCCUCCCACCGAGGGCCCCCCUCCAUCAACAACAACCCUGGAAGGCUUCCGACCCCGCGCCGAUUCAAUUCAGUCCGACUCGAGCGAGGUGUCCCUGGACCGGCUGCAAAGAAUCCUGGAUGACAACAUGGCCGCGCUAGGCCUAAACUCCGUCCCGCAACUCCUUCCGCGCCUGGGGCGGAAGCAGCGCAGGAGAUCGAGCAAAAGCCUUAACAAGGUUGCGUCGUCUGACACCGAGUGGUACGACGGCGACGUCGUGGUCCCCAGCUGCGAUGCCUUUGUCGACAACUCCAAGACCCUUGCGUACACCGGCGGCAAGGCGGGCACGGACGAUUCCGCGUCCAUUUCGAGCCGCAGGGAGGAAAAGGACAGACAAAACUGGGUCUCCUUCAAGAACGAAGUCAUCCGUGUGGCGCACACCCUUCGGCUCAAGGGCUGGCGGCGCGUGCCCCUCGACAGCGGCGAGAACAUCUCCAUUGAGCGGUUGAGCGGUGCCCUGACCAAUGCUGUGUAUGUGGUGUCUCCGCCGUCGGAGGCCCUGCUGCCUCGGGAACCCGGCAAGAAGCAGCCGGACAAGAUAUUGCUGAGAAUUUACGGCCCCCAGGUGGAGCACCUGAUCGACCGGGAAAACGAGCUCAGCGUACUCAGGCGACUGGCCAGGAAAAAAAUCGGCCCUCGGCUUUUGGGCACUUUUACGAACGGGCGGUUUGAGCAGUUCCUGAAUGCCACCGCCCUGACGCCGGGCAGCAUGCGGGAGUCGGAUACCUCCAGGCAGAUCGCGAAGCGCAUGCGGGAGCUGCAUGACGGUGUCGAACUGCUCAACGAGGAGAGGGACCAGGGCCCAGCGGUAUGGAAGAAUUGGGACAAGUGGCUCAACCAGGUGGAGAAGACGGUGUUGUUCCUCGAUAAGCAGGCGCUGUCUAACUCUCAGAGUCUACCGGGCGGCAGCAGCGGAUUUAAAUCUCGGGGCUUGGUGUGCGGUGUGCAGUGGCGCGUCUUUAAAGCUAUCGUAGACAAGUACCGUCGGCACAUCGAAUCCUACUACGGCGACGCAAAAACGAUCCGCCAACGGCUCGUCUUUGCACACAACGACACCCAAUACGGCAACAUCCUCCGCGUCCGCCCCGACGACCAAAAAUCCCCCCUCCUCCAGCCCGCCAACGAACACAAACAACUCGUAGUAAUCGACUUCGAGUACGCCGCCGCCAACGUCCCGGGCCUCGAAUUCGCCAACCACUUCACCGAGUGGUCCUACAACUACCACGACCCGACCCGCCCCUACGCCUGCGACACAUCCCGCUACCCCACCCCCGACGAACAGCGCCGCUUCGUCAAGGCCUACGUCGAUCAUCGACCGCAGCGGUUCUUUGCUGAAUCCCCUGCUUCCAGCCCGAUGAUACCCACCACGGGCGGUUCGGCGGGGUCGGUAUCCAUGUCCCCUGCGAUAGGCGCCAGCAGUCCGGGCGGAGUGAGCUUACACGCCGUGCCGUCGUCCAGUUCGAUCGUCGAGUUCAUGCUGGAUGCGCGGGUGCCACCGGGGGGGUGGAAGGAAGAGGAAAGGAAGCGGGAGGAGGAUGUGGAGGGGAGGAUUAAGGCGUUGUUGGAGGAGACGAGGUUGUGGAGGGCGGCGAAUAGUGCGAUGUGGGUUGCGUGGGGGAUUGUGCAGGCUAAGGUUCCGGGGUUGCCGGAAGAUGAGGAGGAGGCAGCGGGUGAGAAGAAAGAGGAAGAGGGAGGGAAGGCAGAAGGGGACGGGGAAGCAGAGGAAGAAGAAGAAGAGUUCGAUUACCUUGCGUAUGCGCAGGAUCGGGCGCUGUUUUUCUUGGGGGAUUGUGUGUUGUUGGGGUUGGUGAAGGCGGAGGAGUUGGAGGAGAAGCUGAGGGGGAGGUUGAAGGUUGUGGAUUACUGA